AAAUGAAAGUUUCAAUCUGUUUAAGUUUUGUUAUUGCAUUUUUUUGGUAAUAUUCAUCAAGCUAAUCCUCGCUUAUAUUUGUCAGCCGUUUGAUUAGGAACAUUUAUGUAUAAUUUUACACGUAGGCCUAGUACGAUGACAAUUUUAAACAUGAUGUGUGAAAGCUGUAAGCCGUAAUAUAUCAUCAUCCUGUAUAUGAGAUUAUAAUGUCGGGUGAUAUUAAUGAAGGUGUGAAAAGGGGCUUUAGUCCUGCAUAUAUUCUGUCUCUAGAUGUGGGAACAACCACUUUACGAAGUCAUAUCUAUGACAAGCAAUGUAAUAUUAAAGGUUCAAGCAGUAAAAAGAUAGAAAUAAUUCAUCCAAAUGUUGGUUGGAGUGAAAUGGAUCCUGAACUACUGGUUGAUCAGGUUAAAGAUUGUAUCAACGAAACUAUUAAAGCUGCUGGUAUUGAAGCUAAUAAAGUCACAUGUUUAGGUAUUGCUACACAACGAGCUACUUUUCUCACCUGGGACAGUGAGACUGGUAAACCAUAUCACAAUCUAGUCACAUGGCAAGAUCUCAGGGCUUCCGAUCAUGUCAAACUAUGGAAUAACUCUUACACAAUGAAGUGCCUUAAUACAGGGUCCAAAUUACUGCACUUUUUAACAAGAAAAAAGAGAUAUCUGGCAGCAAGUGUUUUACGGUUCUUAACAAAACAGGUCACAAUGCGGUUGUUGUGGUUCUUUCAUAACAUUCCAAAGUUACAUGAAAGGGCAUCAGAAGGUAAAGUUAUGUUUGGUUGUAUAGAUACAUGGUUACUAUGGAAACUAACAGGUGGAACUGUUCAUGCUACAGAUUAUUCAUGUGCUAGUUCUACUGGUCUCUUUGAUCCAUUUCAGAUUGAAUGGAGUAGUAUUGUUUGCAAUCUUGUAAAUAUACCAAUGUCUAUAUUUCCUGAAGUUAAAGAUACCAGUGGCCAUUUUGGUUAUACUAAUGAAAAAUUCUUUGGUGCCAAAAUUCCAAUCACAGCCAUAGUAGCAGAUCAACAAAGUGCAUUAUUUGGACAUUGUUGUUUUGAAGUAGGAGAUGUAAAAUGUACUAUGGGAACAGGAACAUUUGUAGAUUUAAAUACUGGUAAUACACCUCAUGCUUCUGUUGCAGGACUUUACCCUCUCAUUGGUUGGAAGAUUGGGGAUGAGAUGACCUUUGUAGCUGAAGGUCAGGCAGCUGAUACUGGAAAUGUUUUAGACUGGAUUCAUUCUGUUGGUAUAUUUGAUGAUGUUACAAAAACAGCAGAGCUGGCUAAAUCAGUUCCCGAUAGUGGUGGUGUAUAUUUUGUACCAGCGUUUAGUGGCUUACAGGCACCAAUAAAUGAUGAUAUGGCCACUACCAGUAUGAUAGGUAUCAGUCCUGGGACAACAAAAGCACAUAUUGUACGAGCUGUAUUAGAAUCACUAGCAUUUAGAUUUAAAAUAUUAUACGAAACUAUUCUUACAGAAACUAAACUUCCUCUAUCUCAUAUCAGGGCUGAUGGUGGUGUAUGUAAUAAUGAUUUUAUAGUCCAGUUAAUGUCAGACUUGGUUAACCAGACAAUAGAAAGAUCGUGUGAGGCUGAUAUCACUAGUCUUGGUUCAGCAUUUUUAGCAGGUCUUGCCGUUGGUGUGUGGAAAGAUAAAAAUGAACUGUUGGAACUAAGGGGAAGUAGAAAAGUAUUUGAACCGGAACCUACUUGGAAAGAUUAUAAAGAACACUUUAGUCAGUGGGAACGAGCAGUACUUCGUUCUACGAAUUGGUAUAAACCACAAUAAAAACCUACUUUAUAGUUUUCAACUUUGAUUUAUAAUAUUUAAUCUUUACAAUAUCAUAUUAUUUGUUGUAUUUUAAUACCUCAAAUUUUCAGUGGAUGGUGAAAUAUGAAUUAUUUGACCAUUUCACAAUUAUCAACUCUUCAGUGAAACCAUGUAAAUAUAGUCACCAUUGGUUGAUGACAAUGUUCUUUUAAUACCAUAUUGCACACUAUAUACAUUAUUCUUCUAAAUGUGAAUAAGGGGCAGGGUAUGGCACAGACCCCUGGAACAGAAUGCUCCAGGAUAUUAUGGUGUGAGCUAGAACAACAUUCAGAAUAUUUUUCAAACUCAGAUUUCAGCCAGAAUUGUUAUUUACUCAACCCGUCAAUCUUUACUGGAGAACUUCCACAUGAUGUAUACUCAUCUCUAUGAAGCCAAUAUACUAUUUUCUUCUAAUCAUAUAUUUAAAAUAUAAGUUUUGUUGAUUGUUAAUCAAAUUUGUUUAAUUUAUCACUGUUAUAAUAUAGCAUUAUGCAAAUAAAUAAUAUUUUUAUAUUCUC